AAUGAAAUUCCCUUCAAAUAAAGUAAUUACUGAUUAUAUGUUUAAUGAAAUCACGAAAAACAGUUGUUUUUAAAAUUGAAAAUUUGUUUAUCAUUUGAUUUGAUCCGCAAUUUGUUUGAAGAAAAUGUCUUUAGAUUUAAGCCAAACAUUCAAUAAUCAUAUGAAUAGUGAUGUAAAUCAUUGUCUAAAUGUUGAGAAGUUUAGAAAAGUGCGGAACGAUUACAUGAAUGGCCAACAAUACCGAUCGGCACUCUUCUGGAGUGAUAAAGUGGUUUCAUUGAGUGGCGAACACACCGAUGAUGUCUACCAACAGUCCAUCUGUUUAUAUCAUAUGAAUGAGUUUCAUAGAGCCAUCCAUUGUAUCAAAACGAGACAAUUGCACAAAACAGAGCUCUCGUGCCGACAUUUGGUCGCUAAAUGUCAUUUUGUUACCAAAGAAUAUAAGGAAGCUCUUGAAGUUCUCGAAGACGAUUACAGUGACAUCAAUGGCAAACCAAUGGAUAUCAUUAACAAUGAGAGAGAUAGAGAUAAUGACAAUAAAUGGAAGAGCUCUAUAGCACUACUUAAAGGACAGGUUUAUGAGGCACUCGACAAUCGCUUGAUUGCCAGUAAUUGUUUCAAAGAAGCGCUCAAAUAUGAUGUCUUUUGUUACGAAGCUUUCUAUGCGCUAACAAAACAUCAAAUGCUUAAGAAAUCUGAAGAGGAACAACUUAUUAAGUCAUUAGACUUUGACAAUCAGUGUACUAAAGAAGAAACUAAAUUUGUUUAUUUUCUCUAUGAAUCUCAGCUUAAAAAGUAUGACAAACCGGGAGAUAUUUUUCUUCCUUAUGAGUCCUCUAAUAUACUUCAAAAUAAUGUUGAUUUUAUGACAUCAUUGGCUGAAAGACAUUAUUAUAACUGUGAAUAUCAACAGUGCUUCAAAAUAACCUCACAGGUUUUAUCGAAAGAUAUAUAUCACACUCAAUGUUUGCCAAUUCAUUUAUCAUGUCUUAUGGAACUCAAGAAAACCAAUGCACUUUUUGAUUUGGCUCAUAAACUCGUUGAUCUCUAUCCCGAAAGUUCACUGUCGUGGUUUGCCGUCGGAUGUUAUUAUCUAUUAAUUAAUAAGACAGACGCCGCCCGUCGAUUCUUAAGUAAAGCAACCACUUUGGACAACGUGUUGGCUCCCGCGUGGCUACUCUAUGGACACUCAUUUGCAGUGGAGAGUGAACACGAUCAGGCUAUGGCCGCUUAUUUUAAAGCUUCUCAUCUUAUGAAUGGAUGUCAUUUACCACUUCUUUAUAUUGGUCUUGAGUAUGGCUUAACUGAUAAUCCAAAAUUAGCCGAAAGAUUCUUUAAACAAGCGCUGGACAUCGCACCAAACGAUCCAUUUGUUUUGCAUGAGUUAGGAGUUAUUGCCUAUCAAAGCUCUAAUUAUAUCAUCGCUGAAAAGUAUUUCAGAGAAGCACUUAAUAUCAUUAAAAAUCGAAAAGAAAUAACUGUUUUGCCCGACAAAUGGGAACCACUUCUUAAUAAUAUGGGACAUGUGUUACGAAAAUUAAAGAGAUAUGAAGAAGCCAUCGAUUUCCAUAAACAGGCACUUAUUCUUUGCCCACAAAACCCGUCCACUUAUUCUUCUUUAGGAUUUGUCUAUAGUUUGAUGACUAAAUGGAAUGAAUCUGUGGAAUACUUCCAUAAGGCUUUAGGUCUGAAAAGAGAUGACUCGUUUUCGACCGCAAUGUUAGGUCAUGUCAUCAAUCAUCUCGUUAAAGAUGUUUCAUUAUUUAAAGAUCCUAUUUAUCAUUUAGACGACAAUCCAAUAAAAUACGAACAAUCAGUAGUUAUCGAUGAUUUUUUAGCGUCAAAAUCUAAAGAAGAAAAGAGUUUACCACCAAUUAAAUUGUCUAAUAGUAGGUUAAAAACUACUGUUGUUAACACGACUCCACAAUCCAAUGAAUUAAUCCCUGAUUUAAGUGCUAAUGAUUGUGAAAUGGAUAUAAGUAAUUGA